AUGGCAGGCCAAUCUAUUCAAGACCGCACGGGCGAGUUCAGCGCCAUCCUCGGCCAUGCGCAAAAACGCCUUGGCGCAUCCAAGGUCGGAUCGCAGCGACAGGCGCUGUUGACAGACGCCCAGAAACGACAGGCAAAUGGCUUCUCCACAUCCGAGCAGGAUCGUAAGACUGGCAGGUCGGAAUUCGCGCGACGAGCCCGCGACAUCGGAAAGGGAAUCACAGGGACGACGGCCAAGCUACAACGCUUAGCCGAGUUGGCAAAGCGAAAGACACUCUUCGACGACCGACCGGUGGAAAUUUCCGAAUUGACAUACGUGAUCAAGCAAGACCUGGCGGCACUGAACCAGCAGAUCGCCUCUCUGGCGGCGCUGACUCAAGCGCAACAUCCAAAGUCCAAUCGCUCGAAGACAGACCAAGAAGGAGAACACAAUGAUAAUGUCGUCGUCAUGUUGCAGGGCAAGCUUGCCGAUGUGGGAUCCUCCUUCAAAGAUGUGCUAGAAAUUCGAACGAAGAAUAUUCAAGCCUCCCGGACAAGGACCGAGAAUUUCGUUUCCUCCGUCUCAUCAAAAUCGCAAAGUGCAUUGGACUCACAACGUUCCGAUUCACCGUUAUACAACACCUCGGGUCGUCGAACCCCUCAACCAGGAUAUCAAGGAAACUCAUCCGACGUAUUGACACUGGAUCCUUCCAAUCCAUCACCAUUGGGCCAGUCAGCAAUGCACUCAGACCAGCAACUACUAGUAAUGGAAGAAGCUCAGUCGAGCAAUUCUUACGUUCAAGCACGUGGAGAAGCCAUUGAGGCAAUCGAACGAACAAUCAAUGAGCUCGGUGGUAUCUUCGGCCAGUUGGCUCAGAUGGUCAGCGAGCAGUCUGAAAUGAUUCAACGCAUUGACGCCAACACCGAAGACGUCGUGGACAAUGUUGAAGGGGCCCAGAGGGAACUCAUGAAAUAUUGGACUCGAGUCUCAGGUAAUCGUUGGCUAAUCGCCAAGAUGUUCGGAAUCCUGAUGAUUUUCUUCCUUCUUUGGGUGUUGAUCUCGUGA